AUGGAGCUCUUUGCAUACUCUGAGUCUCAUGUACUUCUGUAUGUCCACGCUGUUAUUAUUAGGAUAGUGAAGCCCAAAGUGGCCUCCAUGGAGGAUAUGGCCACCUUCCACACUGAUGCCUAUCUGCAACAUCUCCAAAAGGUCAGCCAAGAAGGUGAUGAGGACCAUCCGGACUCUAUAGAAUACGGACUAGGUUAUGACUGCCCAGCCACAGAAGGAAUAUUUGACUAUGCGGCUGCUGUGGGAGGAGCUACAAUCACUGCUGCCCAGUGCCUGAUUGACGGGAAGUGUAAAAUAGCGAUUAACUGGUCUGGAGGGUGGCAUCACGCAAAGAAAUAUCCCAACAGUCUCUGCUCUGAAGAUGAAACCCUGACGUCAUUUAGGAGAUAGGCUGAAAUUAAGGACUGGGUAGAUCCAAUAUUUCCAUCCUGAAAAUCCAGAGCUCCAGUUCCAGAGCUGUCUGCCAGAAGCCCUUUAGAGUUGCGGAGUUCUGCUCACACCCACAGGGAAGCAAGGACACUCACUAAGAGGAGAUAAGAAAGCAGAGCUCCCUGCCAGCAUCUGGGCAUUCCUGGAACUGCUGCUCGAGGGUCCCUGCCCUAAGCUGCCCGUCAGGUUUCCACGUGCUCUUCUCUCCAUUGCAGUCACAUUGUUUAAACGUCCCAGGUACACGCAGCACAGAUUCCUAGAUCCCAUUCCUUAAACCAGCAUUGACUAAACUGUAUGUGGCAAGCACAUGGUUUUUCUCUUUAGUAAUGGGAGGUAGGGAAAUUGAAGCAAAGUCUACGCCCCCCCCCCCCCGCACCCAACUGAAAAAACAAUCUUUGAUUUGAAACUGUUCAGGUGCUGACAGGGUUCUUUUGUAACUGGCUUCGUGAAAACUUUACUAGUGUUGAGAGUGGGAAAUAUGUUCAUACAAAAUUCUUAGAAGUCUAUU